AUGNCCGCAUUGCUAGGAAACGCUGAAGAAUUCGAUCGCGAANCCGGUGGUCCGGUAACAAGAGAAGGCAAAGGACAAACAGUAAAGGAUGCUGGUGGAGCUGCCAUGAUUUUGGUGAACCAAGACUACAGGGCCUACACUACCUUCGCUGAUGUUCACGUCCUUCCGGCAACACAUGUGAGUUAUNGAGCCCUCACUGGGCCUGAGACGAAAACAAGCUGCAGCUUUGAGUGA